GGCCCCGUCCGUGCGCGUCCGCCCGCCGCCGCCCGCGCCCCGCACCGCCCCGCCCCGCCCCGCACUCGCCGCCCCGCACCGCCAUGGCCGCCGCGCCCGGGCCCUAGCGCGCCCCGCACCCCGCGCCGCGCACCGCCAUGGCCGAGUGGGUCGCGCGGCCGCCCCGCGUCCCCGAGGAGCGCACGUCGUCGGAGCGGGAGACGCAGACCGCCGCGGAGGCCCCCCUGGCGGGGGCGACGGCGACGGCGGUGGAGCGGGCGGUGGACGCCCACGCCGCGCGCCUCUCGGACCUGGAGGGGCGGACGGGCACGGCCGAGAAGAAGAUCGUGGACUGCGAGAAAACGGCCGCGGAGCUGGGCAGCCGGCUGGACAGCAAGUGCGCGGCGCUGGGCAGCCUCAUCCAGGAGUACGGGCUGCUGCAGCGGCGCCUGGAGAACAUGGAGAACCUGCUCAAGAACAGGAACUUCUGGAUCCUGCGCCUGCCGCCCGGCGCCAAGGGCGAAGUGCCCAAGGUGCCGGUGACCUUUGACGACGUCUCGGUCUACUUCAACGAGAAGGAGUGGGAGAAGCUGGAGGAAUGGCAGAAGGAGCUGUACAGAAACGUGAUGAGGAGCAAUUACGAGUCUUUGAUCUCCCUGGACUAUGCAAUUUCCAAGCCAGGCACUCUGUCUCAGGUUGAACAAGGCAGGGAGUCAAGCAUUGGGGAUCAGCAGGACUUGGAGGAGAGAGAAAUCAUCACAGACCCCAGUGCAGCGGGUAUAAGGGUGGUGAUCAAAACCGAAGAUCUUCAUUCUGAGGACAGCCCCGAAAACCUGGAGCUACAUGGGAUGUCGGGGCAAUCGGAGGAGAGCUUCCAGAGCCCAGACGAGGAAGCGACCUGCGAGAGCCCGUACGGCUCGGUGACGCCGCCACAAAACCUCCCCGGAAACGGGCUGGAGGAGUCGGCAGAGUACGAGACAGACUACGGCGAGAUCAAGAGAGUCAUUGUGCACCAGGGGAACUGCACAGAUGAUGGGAUCGUGAUCAAAACCGAGGAGGACGAGGAGGAAGAGGACCCCGACAGCCUGGAGCCCUGCACGAUGUUCUCGGGGCGGGUGGAGCCGCAGGUUUUCCAGAACCACGACCCGGGGGUGCCACGCGAGGCUCACUGCAGCUCCAAAAUGCAGCCCCGGAGCCUGUCCAGCAGCUUGCUGGGGAAGCCAACCGCCUGCGAGAGAGACGCUGGCGAGAUGAAGGCAGCCGUGAUGCACCAGAGGAACCGGACGCGGGAGCGGCCGUACAUCUGCCCAGAGUGCGGGAAGAGCUUCAUGCUGAGGAUCAACUACAUCAUCCACCAGCGGAACCACCUCAAGGAGGGCCCUUACGAGUGCCACGACUGCGACCUGAGCUUCCGCAUCAAGCAGCAGUUCCUGCUGCACCAGCGCAGCCACACACGGCGGGCGGGUGGCGUGGCCCGGCGCCCCGACCCCUUUGGCGACCAGCGCGGCCUCAAGCCCCAGCCGCGGCCCCCGCCAGCCGGCAAGCCCUACAAGUGCUCCGAGUGCGAGAGCAGCUUCAGCCACAAGUCCAGCCUAAGCAAACACCAGAUCACGCACGUGGGAGAGAGGCCGUACACCUGCGGCGAGUGCCGCAAGAGCUUCCGGCUCCAGAUCAGCCUCAUCAUGCACCAGCGCGUGCACGCCGGCAAGAGCGAGAUGUCCUUCCUGUGCCCGCAGUGCGGGAAGGCCUUCAGCCGCCCCUCCCACCUGCUGCGGCACCAGCGCACCCACACGGGCGAGCGCCCCUACAAGUGCACGCAGUGCGAGAAGACCUUCGGCGAGAAGUCCAAGCUCACCAACCACUACCGCAUCCACACCCGCGAGCGCCCCCACGCCUGCGGGGAAUGCGGCAAGGGCUUCAUCCGCAAGCACCACCUCCUGGAGCAUCAGCGCAUCCACACCGGGGAGAGGCCGUACCACUGCGGGGAAUGCGGGAAGAACUUCACGCAGAAGCAUCACCUGCUGGAGCACCAACGGGCCCACACCGGGGAGAGGCCCUACCCAUGCACGCACUGUACCAAGUGCUUCCGAUAUAAACAGUCCCUCAAGUACCACUUGCGGACGCAUGCGGGUGACUAGGAGAGCCCCGCCCCCCACCUCACCCCGGGCAGCCCGGCGUGGGGCCGACGGUAGCACAACACUCGGCAGAGACCCGGGUGGGAGCCUCGGCAUGAGGCCGACGGUAGCACAACACUCGGCGGAGACGGACGGGUCGGUUUAAAAAAAAUAAUAAUAAUAAUUAAAUAAAAUGAAAGCAAGCGCCAUGCCGCAAAAGCACGUACCGCUAACAGCCGCCGCUUGUGUAGGGUCAGUCCUGGUCCGAAUGUACAGGAGACGUUGCCGGCGUAGGACUCUAACCGCUUUUUCAGUCGAUUCUCUUUUGAUAAUAAAUGUGGAGGAACGUU